CGGAAAUGGGAAAACUCCAACCCUGAGCCGUGAGAUUGACGCUGCUUGCUUCACUGGAGUAUAGAUAGUUUACACGACUGCAGAGCAAGGGAAGGACGCGCAACACUGGAGUUUUAAGCGGAGGAGACGUUAGUUCUUGGAGUUUUUUCCCUUUACAAAAGGACGCUAUGAGCUGGGGAACGGAUCUUUGGGACCAGUUUGAAAAUCUCGACAAACACACACAGUGGGGUAUCGACUUCCUGGAGCGCUAUGCAAAGUUUGUCAAGGAGCGUCUGGAGAUCGAGCAGGCCUAUGCAAAACAGCUACGGAGUCUGGUGAAGAAAUACUGCCCCAAGCGCUCCAAAGAUGAUGAGCCCAGGUUCACAUCCUGUCUGUCAUUCUACUCCAUACUGAAUGAGUUGAAUGACUAUGCAGGUCAGCGAGAGGUUGUUGCCGAGGAGAUGGGGCACAAGGUGUACGGGGAGCUGAUGAGGUACUCACAGGACCUGAAAGCAGAGAGAAAACAUCACCUCCAGGAGGGGAGAAAGACCCAGCAGUAUCUAGACCAGUGCUGGAAACACAUGGACAAUAGUAAAAAGAAGUUUGAACGAGAAUGCAAAGAAGCCGAGAAAUCACAGAUGAUGUUCGAGAGGUUAGACAACGAUAUCAACGCCACAAAAUCAGAGGUGGAAAAGGCAAAGUCCCAGCUGUAUCUGAGACAACACAUGACAGAGGAGAGCAAGAAUGAGUAUGCAGCCCAGUUGCAGAACUUUAACAGUGAACAGUGGAAGCACUUCAAUGUGGUCAUUCCUCAGAUAUUUAAAAAUCUACAGGACAUGGAUGAGCGUCGGACAGUCAAGUUGGGGGAGACGUACCGGAGUUUUGCUGAGGUGGAACGAAGAGUCAUUCCCAUUGUCUCAAAAUGCCUGGAGGGCAUGGUGACCGCCGCUAAGAAUGUGGACGAGCGCAAGGAUUCUGCAAUUGUAGUGGAGUCAUUUAAGUCUGGGUUUGAGCCACCUGGUGAUUUCCCUUUUGAGGACUUCAGUCAGAACAUCCAGCGAACUGGGUCAGAUAGCACCAUUGGGACCCCCAAAACUGAGGGAGGCAAACCAGACCCCAAAAACCCGAUCAGCAGGACCAAAAACAAACUUUGGCUUUUUGGGAAGAAGCCCAAGGCACCAACACUUGAGGAUCUCAGCCACCUUCCUCCUGAACAGAGACGCAAAAAACUUCAACAGAGGAUCGAUGAGCUAAGCAAAGAGCUACAGAAAGAAAUGGACCAAAGAGAUGCUCUAAACAAGAUGAAGGAUGUCUAUGAGAAGAAUCCACAGAUGGGGGAUCCUGGAAGCCUCCAGCCCAAGAUUUCAGAGACCAUAUGCAACAUGGAGAAACUCCGCUCCGAGAUCCAUAAAAAUGAGUCUUGGUUAGCAGAGGUUGAAGGGAAGCAUGGUUUGCGUAGUGAGCGACGGCCCAGUGCUGAUGUGAAUCACCAUGCACCCCCCGGCAGAGAGAGUCCUGAAGGCAGUUACACAGAUGAUCACAGUCAGGAGCAUCGGUCUCCACCUCAGCCAGAUCCACACGAGUUUGAUGACGAGUUUGAUGAUGACGAUCCGCUACCGGCUAUUGGCCACUGCAAAGCUCUCUACUCUUUUGAUGGCUCUAACGAGGGCACAUUGGUGAUGAAUGAGAGUGAGGUGCUGUACGUCAUAGAGGAGGAUAAAGGUGACGGAUGGACACGGGUUCGGAAACAGAGCGGCGUGGAGGGCUACGUCCCCACAUCCUACGUGGAGAUCACACUGGAGAAAAACAGCAAAGGUGCGGUCACCUACAUAUGACUUCACCCACGGAAGCAUCUUCUAGUUAUGGCAUCACACAUGGGGAAGCAUGUGUAAGAUUUAUCGUGACUCAUCAAGUGCAGCUUGGCUGACUGCCAAAUACUUCUGUUCACUGUGUGAGCCCAAGGACGAACACACAAUCACACACACACAGUUUUUAAAGUGACUGCAUAUCUCUGCACUGCGACUUUGCUGCAGUGGGUUAUUCUAAAGCAGAGGCUACAUUCGUAGUAGGAUGGUUGAGAUUUUAAUUUCUUUUUAUUGUAUUUUAGUGCUCUGCACUGUGUUUAAUCUUUUUUAUUUUUAUUAAUAUCUCUGAAUACUUGGAACAAAACUGAACAAAAUCGCCACCUUUUCAAAUGUGUUUGUCUGAGAGAUUAUCUGCUCUAAUCUGUCACACUACAGUCAGCUUUUAUUGUUGAGAUUUAUGUAUGUUUGUCUGUAUGCACGUUAAAACUAAUGUACACUACUUGAAGCCUCUCUUCACUGUUUUAUACAGUCCAGUUAAUAGUUAUAUUUACAGUUCAUUUGAAUGAACUACAGGUACUACAAGAACAUCUGAUCUUUCAGUCUGUGCAGAUUCUUCCCCCUCUUUCCGCAGUGUCAGUUGUUUGCUGGAAAAUUGCCCUGAUCAUAGCCGCAUACCUUCGGUUGCAUUUCAACUCUUUCUAUGGGUGCCACUCUUCUCUUUAAGCUUUUAAUGGCACAGCUUCAUUCUGUUUUUAUGUGUAACCAAAGAUUAUUAAAAUAAUUAUGUUUCAUUUAAGAAAAUUCACUAUAAUAAUUGCUUAAAUUAGGAGCAGCACUUAAUUUAUUGGCUGGCUCACUUGCGCACCAGCGCCCUCUAUGUUUGUGGUGGUAAAUCGCGUCCAUCUCUUUUCUGGCCAGUCCUUCUGGAAUUAUCAAUGAUUCUGUCUUUUUUCUCUCUAUGGCUACAGGUUCCUGAUUGGAUGAAUGGGGUUCUGUGGUGUUUGGUGAAACGGGACCCAUUGCUGUGGGUCUGUUAGAGGGGCGUGGGGGGAAUUAGGACCGGGGUGAGAUUUUAGGGCUGUGUUGUGGCAAGUUGCAUGUUUGCAUGCUGUUUGUGUCAUGGUGAUUAACAUCAUUCCAUUGCAGCAACGUUCCAGGGAUAACGGGGUGUGCAGGGAGGGAGGGGCAACCUGGAAAGACACCCUUGAGCAAUAACGGGGGAAGUCAAAACGUGUGUUGUUGCCUGGCACUGACAUUUGUGCUCCAUUUCAACUGUCAUUGGAAUGUUUUCCUAUGCCAUCUUGUGUGUUCUUAACAUGCACUUGCAUGAUCCACAGCCGUUUAGUCCAAUUGGCCCCUUAAUAGGAUUUACCCACUUAUCCCAUUUGCCUCUAAUCUCUUAACACUUCUGUGACUGUCUUGUUUGUAUGUCUGUUUUGGUUUACUUUUCUAUAUUUGUCAUUGGUGCAUUCCAUCAUGAAUGUUAUGUUAACCAUAUUGUGCAAGUCCUUGUCGAAAGCAUGACCAAUCAGAGUAGAUGCAUGGGACUUACUGUAGCCAAGGCGACAGUGCCCACAGCAUUAUCCACCAACUUGCCAAACCCCCCCCCCCCCCCCCAAGUAUGGGGGAUGGAAGGAGCCUGGUGCUGUUCUACAUUUGACCAGCAGGGGGAGCCACACACCUUAUAAAAGAAGCAGUGAAAACGCCAGCGAGGAUAUUUGAAAACCAACCCAUCAUUCCGACAUGUACCAGAAUCUCUGCCUUAAUUUCAGGCCUCUGAAUGGUAACUAAAAUUCAGAAGUCUAUCUGCCCCUAUAAGCCCAAAAAAUCUCAGUGUUCUUGGGCUGCCAGUUCUCUGCGGUGCUUUCUUAUUUCUUCUCCAGCAGAAAUCAACAAACAUGCUGUGGUCCCAUCACUGCCUCUCAACAAGGUGCCACAUAUCUCCAAAAUCCGAUCUCAAGUCCAUGUAUUUGUGAAUGUGAUUCUAACAUAUGAAACUGUGUAUGCAUAUGGAUGCAUACAUGCAUAUGUAUAUACCUAGUUAGUUUUUAUUAUUAAACUGUAUGUAUUAACAUCUUUAUUUCAGAAUGAAUGUGUUUUUAGCGUGACUUUUUUAUGGGGUUUCUAACCAAGCAAAUGACUUUCAGAGGUUGCUUUUGAGAACCGUGCCGUUAUCUCUUUGUAACCAGUGCUUCAAGUCGGAACACUAUUCUCAAAUGGACCCUGGUCUAAAGCAAUGCACUUUUUACCCUGUUGCAUUUGAAUUGGAAUAUUAGGAUGUGAAUGAUGUUGGAUGUGAAUGCUAUGUUUUGAAAGAAUGUGUUGUACAGUGAGACUAUGGUGACCACUAUAUACUUAGGAUUGUGUUGGACCAAGAGCAACCGAGAAAUAAACACAUAUGUCUGUUUGUCUUGUUCAUCCUGA